UGCGGAAGUUCAGGUUGGAGUUGAGAGGUUCUGAGACACCGCUAGUAAACACUAACAGUAGCUUAUUAGCUGCUAACACAAGUGAAAUAUGUCCGAUCAAAAUGACGAGGGAGAAACUGCACUACCCUGUGUUCUAAUAACAAGUUGUGACCCGGGGUUUAAGGAAGAGGAGCUUGUCAUGCAGAUCUUGGGUGCAUCGGCAUUACCAGAACCCACUAAAACAGAGGAUGUAGUGGUUUGGUAUCCAUGGACAAUCAACAACAAGUACUACACUGCAAAUAUCAGCCUUUGUGUUGUCCCAAGUCCGUUCAGCAUGAAUUCAGCGGUCGCCCAAUCCACGCAGGCUUUCAUCGUCUACUUUGACAGUAAAACUAAAGAUGGCCUUACAGCUGUCACUCCGUGGGUUGCACUGGUGGAGGAACUGGCUCCUGAGGUGCUCAUCUUGGUGUGUGACCAUGUGUGUGAAAAUGGUGUAAGCAGACAAGAAGCUCAGCAGUGGUGUCUGGCUCAUGCAUUUGAACUGGUGGAGCUCAACCCUGAGGAGCUGCCUGAUGAGGAUGAUGACUUUCCGGAGUCUACAGGAGUAAAGAGGAUCAUUCAGGCUCUCAAUGCUAAUGUGUGGUCCAGUGUGGAGAUGAAGGACGAACACAAUCAGGGAUUUGGUCUGAUGAGCAGUUUGGUUGCAUCUCGUCACAACAACCCACGAUCUGUAGCAGAAACACAGUGCCAGUCAAACAGUGCAGACGAGAACACAGAAGGACAGAAAACAGGAAGCUGUCAGAACAGUGCAGAGGUGGACUCAGUAGUAGACCCGAUGACUGACAUGGACAUUCAGGAGCUGGCCAACCUCACUGCUGGAGAUGCAGAUGUGGACAACUUUGAGCGUCUCUUUACUAAACUAAAAGAGAUGAAAGACAAAGCAUCUUCAAUGCCACAUGAGCAAAGGAAGGUGCAUGCAGAAAAGGUAGCUAAAGCAUUUUGGAUGGCAAUCGGUGGAGACCAAGACGAGAUUGAUGGUCUGUCGUCAGGGGAGGAGAGUUAAAGUAGAAUUCUAUUCCCCAGCACCAGUCUGUUGCCCAUAAUCCUCCAGCACUGCCGUGUGAUUCUCAGCCUGACUCUUGGGCACCGGGCUAUGGCAUCAAGAAAUAUGUGUGGGCACAGCGGGCUGACAGAGGCAGGGAGGUUCCUCAUGAUAUUCUGGUUAUUACUCUCUCCAGCACCUCAGUCACCGAGUGCACAGCCAUUAUGGGCUGCUGGAUUUUAAACACUGUAAUCUAAGCUGAAUGGGAGAGGGUGCGCCAGUCCAGAAAUUACCAAAACCUACACUGGAGUGGACCUAAACUAAAGGUCCGUCCUUGUAUUGCAUUGUUUCCCUAGAAGUGUGUGUGUACAAGCUCUCUCUUGUUGUGAGGGCAGGUGUUUACUAGUUUGUUUCUGAACUUGUCCAGAAUAUAAAUGGUCAGAAUUAUGGACAAUACAGUGUGUUUUGCCGUUCAAAUAAUUUGUCAGAAUAAUCCUGCAUUUUUUAUAGUCACAAUCCAAUCAAGCUGCACUUUUAAUAACUAACAUUUCUGACAUAUUAUUCAUUAAAUUUGUCU